GGGAACUCCUCUCUUCAGUUAUAAUCCUUCCUUUCUCUUCAUCUUCCUGUGUUUUCAUUUUCCCCAUUCCUUCUUUCUUUUUUUUUUUCCUUUGUGUAUCCUUUGGUGGUACAGAGAUAGCCAAGUCAGCCCAGAGGGCUGGCACCAUUGUGUGCACCAGCCCUGGCUGAUGAGCUACUGACCUUACAGUUGAGAAGGAUACAAAAGGAAACCACCUGAAGGUUUCUCACGGCUUUUCAGCAGCCCACCUACCCUCACUCUCCAUUACCACAUAUUUUCAGGCAAGAUUUAUUCCAAACCCUCUCUUGAAGGUACUCGACCUCUGAAAAUUGUACAUCCCCAAACUAGAACAAGGACAUUUUCACACUGGGAUACCAUUUAUUAAAAACAAAACCAAAAAACCUCACUUUUUUAUAUGUGGAGAAAGUCUCAGCUGGGGCCAAAGCCGUGUCUUUCCGCUGGCGUCCAAUACCUCCACUUACAACUGGAGCUUCCUGAGGAGUGGGCACAGGAUAGCUUGUCUGUACAAGGACCUGAGUCAUCCCCGCACUAGAAGAAAGCAGCCAGGGUGUGUUUAAAUCGAUGAUUCUCAAACCAGAUCAAGCAUUAAAAUCUCCUAGAAAGCUUGUUAAAAUUCAGAUUGUUGGGUCUCACUCUGAGAUUCUCUGAAUCAGUUGGUCUGGCUAAGGCUGAAGAAUUUGAAUUUCUAACUAUUGCCCAGGAGAUGCAGAUGCUCUUAAUCCAUAGGAACCGUGGCUUUGAACAUUGCAAAAGAGGAGCCCAUCCCAGGGUGGAGGUUAUCAUUCUGCCUUAACCCCCUUCCAGCCUCAUGGACUUAUCCUAUGUCCUAGGGAGAGAGACAAAGUAAUGAAAACAUCUCUGAGGCCCUGGAGUGUGUGCUAGGCUUUUGUUCCCCUCUAAUUGAAUAUAACAGAAGAAGGCGAGAGUUAUUCUCCUCCACGCUGCCUCAGAUCACCAGAGGCCCUGCAUCUUAAGUGUGGAAAGUUCUAAGGCAUUGAGGAUAGUGCCCAGUAAGAGUGAUGAAAAUAGAAGCUGAGCCCACUGGAGUACCGUCUGUCACCUGAAUCACAGUUGUUUUGCUCUUGUUGCUGGGGGUGGGUCUUUAACUCCUUUUGGUCAGAAUUUUGCCUAAGGCCUUUGGAUGGCAUCGUUUUAGUAUCAAAUUAUAUUUCUUGUGUUUUCUGUAAUUUGCAAUUUGCCAGUUGACUGGGUACACGCUCCCAGGGUUUCAGUAAUGUGUACAUUCAAUAAAUUGAAACUAAACAAAUUAAUGCCAUGAUUCUUAUUUAAAGAAUGAGAUAAAACCAAAGGAAACAAAAUGAACUGGCUUCGGGCUGCAUAGUUUGGUGGCAGAAAUAAAAAUAGAAGAGAGAAUGAGCUCGGAGCCUGUGCUUGGACCACAUUAGUUAUUAUUAGAUAUUCUUUUCAAAUGCUGACCAUUUGGGAGUUGUAGCUGCAUGAAAAAGAUCAAUUCUGACUGUUACUGAAAGCCAGUAGCACAAGGAAGACGAUGUAUUUGGCUAAUUGGGAAAAAUCUGAUUCUACCAGUUUUGGUCAAAUUUGGGAUUGCUUUAACAAGGGUCAAAGGCAACACUCCAUGACAAGCCAUGCGGGGAAAGGAGUUCUAUUUUUCAGGAAAAGGAAUUAUAAAGGGGACGGCAAGCAAACAAAGUGUGCUGUUGAUUUUAAGGUGAGGAUGAAAUCAUUUUUCCCACAGCCUUCAAGUUUGGAUGCAAUCUUCCUCCACAGGACAAAUACAUCCCUCGAAAUAAAUGAGAAUGAGCACGGACUGAGAGGAGGCUUCUCCUGGAUUCCUUGGGUCACGACUCUGAUCUCUUCCAUCGCAGUCAAUUCACCUUUUAACUGCAAACUAUUGUUUUGUCAUCUCACUUUUUAAAUCCCCUUAUUCUUGCAUUUUGUUGAGAAUGCAGAGCAGAUCCAUCUAAUAUUCUCUUUCCUGGUGUAAUUUUUAACCACGGUUUACCUUUGCAUCAUGAGUUCAGUGGUUUCUUGUUUUAUGUUCACAUUGGAUUACUUCUAUUUUCCCUUCCUCGAAUGAAUAAAACAUCAUAGAGACUUGGGGCUUGUCUCAGGGAGGGUCAAUGACUGACUGUUUCUCCCUCACCAACUAAUAAUUAUCAGAAUCAGCCUGUCAAUUCUGAAGCCACUAAUUAAAUACUUGGUGUCUAUCUGGUACCGUUUUCCAGAACUCACUUCCUGAAUUUAUUUUCCAAUCUGCUAUAUAGCUACGGAUUCCUAGAUACUUAGCUAUUCAGAAGUAAUGUAUACUUUGUCCCUCAUUCAAAACAGAUUCCAAAGACUGCAAAUUCAUAAGUGCCCUACUUGUAGGUUUGGGGUUUUUUAAAUUUUUUUUUUAAGUUUUUUUGUCCCUGAGUCUUCUAAUUACCUCCUUUACAUGCCAAGGUGCCACACCCCACCAGGGAUUCACUUCCACAACAUUGGAUACUUAGAAAUGUGGUCUCAGACUCAAGAUAGAAAAAGAGCUUUCUGGAGUUCCUGUUGUGGCACAGAGGAAACAAAUCCGCCUCGUAACUAUGAGGUUGCGGGUUUGAUCCCUGACCUUGCUCAGUGGGUUAAGGAUCCAGCGUUGCCGUGAGCUGUGGUGUAGGUCACAGACGUGGCUCAAAUCCUGUGUGGUUGUGGCUGUGGCUGUGGUGUAGGCUGUGACUGUCGCUCCAAUUUGACCUCUAGCCUGGGAACCUCCAUAUGCCGUGGGUGUGGACCUAAAAAGAAAAAGAGCUUGCUUCCUGAGGGUGCUACUGCAGUUGUUUGGGCAACUGCAAAUCAGAUUUAUCUCUAGUGAGAUUACUAAGGCUAGAAGGGCAAGGGGGUAAGCUUCCAAGUUCCCUCAAACAGCUCAGAGCGAGAGUACAGGGCCGCUUCCCCACAGAUGGGUGGCUGCUCAGCUCAGCCUCAGGGCCUGUAAGGAUGGAGUUGUGAGCUGCAAGAGGGCAUGAUAGGGGAUGGUGCAGCCCAGGCCAUGCUCCACAGCUGGAGAUGGAAGCAGCUGCCAGGUGCCUGACAGGUCAGCCCAUCCCGCAUCCACUGGGGUCAGACUUUCUUGCAAGCCCACAGGAGACACUUUCAGAAAUACGUAGCGGGGACUGUACAGAAGGCUACAAUUUUUACAAAACCCCAUUACACCAGGGUCAGGGGGCUUUGAAGAUACCACCACCAGUGAUUUCCUUUGUCUCCACAGGCUGGUGAGAGAAGGGGAAGCUCAACGACAAUAAAUAAACAAACAAAGAGAGAAAGUCUAUGUGGUUCUAUUCAGUGGGCCUCAUGUUUAAAAAUCGUUUGACCAGUGGUAAGAGGGCCCUCUUUUUUUUCUUUGUUUUUGUUUUUGUUUUUUAGGACCACGCCUGUGGCAUAUGGAUGCUCCCAGGCUAGGGGUUGAAUCAGAGCUGCAGCUGCUGGCCUGCACCGCAGCCUCAGCAACACCGGAUCGGAGCUGCCUCUGCGACCUACACCACAGCUCAUGACCAUGCUGAAUAUUUAACCCACUGAGCGAAGCCAGGGAUCAAACCCACAUUCUCAUGGAUACUAGUCGGGUUCUUUACUGCUGAGCCACAGUGGGAACUCCAAGAGGGCCCUCUUUCAAUUCCUCUUGAGCCUCAGGGAGAGUAGGGAGCAGUGACAGAGCCUCACCAUAUAAGGGGGGAAAAAAAGUUAUAAUAAUGGGACAAAAACAAUUCCCAAAGAUUUAAAAAAAAAAAAAAAAAAAAAAAAAAAAAAAGCCUGUGCUUAAGGCACAGGACUUAGCAGCACAAUAGUCAAAGAGGCCACACCUUGAUUCCAGGCAGUACAAUGGGGACUAUGCUGUGAUUUCUCUAAUGGGCAUACCUGAGGGUCUCGGGUUUCAGCAAUUUUGUGGGUGGAAUCUCAGAGCAAAGAAUAUCUUUAUUAUUUUCGACUCCCAUUCAUACUUUAGUUGUAGCAUCCACACCCAGUGGUUCUGAAAGCUGGGGAGACAGGGUUUCUGAAGUUGACAUUGUUACAGCACUUCAUGAACAGACCAGAAAUAUUACACAGGACAGCGAAAGAUUUAUCUUCCCUGUGGUUAGGUUGAAAGAACGAGGCCAUCAUAUAAAAAAAAAAAAAAAUGAAGUAAGCUAAAGACAUCUCAGGCUGAUAAUGAAGGAAUAAACAAGAUGGUUAUGAAAUAGUGAUGCCUGUUAUGGGAAUAAUCAAAUCACUUCAGGAGCAAGAAUCCACAUUCCAACAACAUUUCCCUGCAUCCAGGCCUGAUAAUCAGCCAGCAAACAAAGCCUAAGCAAAUCCUGCAGAUAGGAAAAUGGCAAUGUGAAAAACAAGCUGGGAAAAAUUUGCAUCCGGAGGGAGGCACUAUCUUGCAUGAAACGCUAGCCGGCCAGGAGCCUGGUCCCUACCUGGAAAUUGCUGCAGAGAUUCUGAGUCUGUGCCCAGAAGCUUUUGGAGUAGAAGGAUGAUCCCCAUCCAACUUUCUGUCUUCUUCAUGAUCGUCUAUGUGCUCGAGUGCUUGGUAAUAAUUGUGCAGAGCAGCUUAACUGUUGUCUUGCUGGGCAGAGAGUGGGUGCAAGUCAAGAGGCUGUCUCCUGUGGACGUGAUUCUCACCAGCCUGGGCAUCUGCCGCUUCUGUCAACUGUGGUCAUCCAUGCUGUUCAAUUUUUUCUCCCACUUCCAUCCUCACUGUGUAUUUUGGUACUUCGGGAUCGUCUGGGAGUUUACUAACACGCUCUCGUUCUGGCUAACCAGCUGGCUUGCCGUCCUCUACUGCGUCAAAGUCUCCUCCUUCAGCUGCCCCAUCUUCCUCUGGCUGAAGUGGAGAAUUGUGAGGUUGUUUCCAUGGCUAUUGCUGGGUUCUGUGCUGAUUUCGUGUGUGUCAAUGAUCUUUUCAGCUAUUAGGAAUCACAUCAAGAUUCAGUUAAACUCCAUGAGGCAUUUCUCUAGAAACAGCACCGUGACGGAGAGGCUUGAGACAUUUCUGCAGCAGUAUGCCAUAUAUCAAGGGAUUAUGUUGGCUGUUCCUUUCCUCCUGUUCCUGGCCUCCACCAUCUUGCUCAUGGCCUCAUUGUCCCAGCACGUGAGGCAGAUGAAACAACAUCACACCAGCCACUCCAACCUUAGCCUGAAAGCUCCCGCUACUGCCCUGAGGUCGCUGGCCAUCUUCCUCAUCUUCUUCACCUCUUAUUUUCUGACCACAAUCAUCUCCAUCAUGGGUGCCCUAGUUAAUAAAAAAUCCUGGUUCUGGGUCUGGGAAGCUGUCAUCUAUGGUAUAGUCUCUAUUCAUUCUACUUCACUGAUGCUGAGCAGCCCUAAAUUGAAAAGGGUUUUCAAGGUAAGAUGCUGGGGCUUAGAGGCUGCCUGAGGCACACGGUACAACAAGACCCCUGGGCAAACGCAAAAGGGAGUUUGCAUUGACAUAACUAAUAUCAGUAACCUAAGUGGAAUGACCCUCGACAAUCCCCUAAGUGAUAGUGACACACCAAAAAUGCAAGCCUCAUUCUGUUCGCCCACAGCCAUCUAUCUCUAAAGAAGCAAUCCCUGCUCUAUCAAUGCCACUCCUUUCUCUUCUUUUCCACAAGCUCCAGGUUGGUCCCAACUAUCUCAUGACUUCCCCAUCCCUUUUUCAUCUCCCCUACCUCUGGAAUCUCACUUCCAGUGUAUUCAACACAAGAGGUCCAAAAUCAAAAUCAGGGUAUCCACAUUUUAUUUUUAUUUUACCCAUUUAUGACUGCCAAUUCUUCAUAUACUAAUGUGAAUCCCUUCCCCACAAGAAUUUAUUGCCCACACCCUGAAUGUUCUCCAGGUUAAGCCCUUGAUCUACUUUCCAAACUUUAGUCAAGAAAAGACUUAAAACUCUCUCUGCUGCUGCUUCUGGACCUUUAUUCAAUAAUAUGGAAUUCCUUGUUCGUGUCUCUUUCAAAUACUGUGGCCUUUACGCUUUUAAUACUCAAGUCAAAUUUUAACUCUUCUUUCAUUCUCAUUUGUCAAGACAUUGUACUUUUCCCAGAAUAACAGACUAUAUAUCCAACUAGUUUCAUUCUGAAACCUCUUCAAAUAUUGACAAUUUAACUGGGACAAUUGCACACAGUUACAAUUGGCUGGAUUACGAAUUGGAAUGAACUUUCUAGAAAUAUUCCCAGAUUGAAGCUUAGCUGGUUUUCUACCAUAUACAACCCAGAUGACAACUGGGAACCCUUCUACAUCACGAAAUCUGACUGAAAUUGGCUUAAAUUUUCUAUAAUCUUCUAUUCUGUUCUCCCUGACAGUCCAAAGUUCUUCCCAACUGGAUAAAAAUACAGGUACCGCACAGUAAUCAAUUUACAAUCACCUAUAGGAUUUUCCUGCUCUUUAGAAGCUCCUUUCAGCCUCCAAAUCCCACAGGUUUCUCUCAUACCCUUUUCCCUAUAGCACCAAGUCCUGUCUUAUCCCCACAGCAUCUCUCUCAUUAUUUCUCUCCUCUUCACCCUCGCCCACUGGCAACAAAGUGUCUUGCUAACUGCCAACUGCCAGACAUCUGAGUUUCAGCUUCCAUCUGCUCCAGGCACUUAUCAAGGUAUUUUUCCUAAGGAUGGCUUCAUCUCUUUAAGAUUUCUGGUGCCAGAGAUUAAGAAUAUAAUAUUUUUUCACCUUUUAUAUAUCUGGGGAAUGUCUGAUGAAAUGAACUUCUGGCUCUGCCACUGGAAGACUGAAACGCUUCCCAAAAAAUAAAUAAAUAAAUAAGAUGCCCAUCCUACGGGGAAAAGAAUGCAGGUAUCUCAAGUUUGACUGCCAGAGAAAGGCUUGGGCCUACAAGGCAAUAAACGUUCUGAUCUUGAUUUGUCUCCCAGUCAACUUAUCCCUUGAAUUCAUAUUUGAAAGUGAGUGUGUGAAAUUGUACAAAUUGAAAGUACAAAUUGAAAGAACACUUUUUCCAAAGACUCUGUCCCACUUGACAUAUCUCAGCAGCAUCUCUACUGCUGCACAGAAAGGGGAGUAAACCUAUUUUCUCACUUCACAGUAGCACCCCGUGCAGCCUUGGCGUCUUCCAAGCUCCAGUGGUUCAACUGUUCAUAGAAGGUGGGACAGACCUGGUGAAUGCAGUGCUGUCUGGGGAGCAAAGUCAUAACCAGAUGGCAUGGGACUGGGUGGAAAAAGGAAAAUCAAAGUUGGAUUUCGACCUCGUGUUAUCUGCGCAGAGACUCUCGGGAGUGCUUAGGAAGCUGGUGGGUGGUGGGCUGCAAGAGUUUGGGAGCCUCCCAGAACAAGUGGGACAAAAGCAAACGAAAUUUGAAUUAUUGCUAUUGGCCAUGUGUGUCCACAUAUUGCAUGUUCUAAAAUCUCAGGAAGCUGAAAGAAACAGAAACUGUAUUCCUCACACACAUGUAAACAGAGAACAAGGACUAAAGAAAAACUUUCUCCCUCUGCCCCCAAUUACCAAAUACAGAGAUACUCUUCUGGAAGCUGUUAAAUAUUUAUAGUACUCUUACCUUUCUCUUUUGAGUAAAGUACAAUGAGGAACGUAUCCAGGAUGUGCAUGAGGUAGGGAUGUUAGAGUCAGUGAAAGGCAUCCAGAAACUAAUAAAAUAAAACAUAGAAACAGAAAUAACAACUACCCCUUGUUGUUGUGGCACCUAAUAGUUCACAGUUUUCACACACAUUUAAUCAUUUUCAGCUGGACAGGAUAGUCAUUAUCAUCCAGUCCUGGGAAACAGACCCACAAAAUUCACAUGAAUUACCUAAAUUCACUCUUAUCAGACCUAAGAGUCAAGGGAAGAGGAGAGGAAACCAAGAGAUAUAUUUUAAAGAAGCAGAGAAUUUUAAUUUGGAAGAAGGUGGUUAGGAUUUAAAAGGAAGAUACCUUAGAAAGAAAAACAGAGAUGUUUGGUCCAGGAACAAGGAAAUUCUUUUGAGAGCUUGAGGUAGCUAGGUAAUGAGACUCAGGCACCAAGGAGUUAUGCCCAUAUAUUGCCCAACUUGUAAGCAGUCUAACCUGUAUAACACUCAUUAUUCACAGCCUCUAUUGAGAUGAUCAUUUGAUUUUUAUCUUUCAUUCUAUUAAUGCGGUAUAUCACAUUUGUUGAUUUGUGUAUGUUGAAUCAUCCUUGCAUCCCAAUUUAUAAAUUCUUCUUGAUCAUGGUUUAUAAUUCAUUUAAUGUGCUAAUGAACUUGGUUUGCUUAUAUUUUGUCGAGGAUUUUUGCAUCUAUAUUCUUCAGUGUUUUUGUCUGGCUUUUGUAUCAAGGUAAACUGGUUUAAUAAAAUUAAUUUGAAAGCA